AUGCAAUUCUUCACCAACAUCGCCCUCCUCGGCUUCGCAGCCAUGGCACUCGCCAACGACGACCCACCGGACGGCACCUCCACCUCCAUCAACGGCAUCGUGGUAACCUCCCGCGAAACAACAACAGACGUCGGCGCCAGCACCACCCUAGUCCCAGUCUUCACCCCCGUGGUGGAAACCACAACCGACGUAGGCGUCUCCACCGACCGCACCACCCUCUCCGAGACCACCGACAUUGGCACCACCCCCACCAACACCAUUGUCCAAUUCGCCACCACCACCGACGUCAACCUUCAGUCCGGAUACGCAUACACAACCGACGACUCUGGCAUGACUAUUGCUACGUUUACUGGUACUGGUACUGCUCCUUCUCUCACUUCUACCCCUGCUGCUGCUGGAGGUGACAACAACAACAACGACAAUAAUGGUAAUGAUAUGAACGAUCAACCUUCGAGCACGGGUGGUGUUAUGCCUGCUAUGACUGCUGCUCCUUUCUUUGCUGCGGCUGCGAUGGCUGGUGUUCUGGCUUUUGCUGGGUAG